AUGGCGUCGACAUCGACGUUACCUCCUCUUUCCAACUCGUCUCAACCUCCUACCCCUUUCCAACCUCAGCCCGAUCCUUCCACUUCCCCAUCGAUAUCCAACAACCCUCCUCCUCAACCGCCACCUGCCAUGCCCACUUAUGCUUCCAUAAACUCUGCACCUUACUCUGCAUAUUCCCAACAGCAACAACAACAUGUCCCUCACGCUCCAUACACGUAUCAACCACCUCAACCAUAUUACCCUCCUCAGCCACCACGUCAUUCCCACUCACACAACGUUCCUUACAACUCAUCCGCACCUCAGCAGUACAAUCGAUAUCCAGAUCCAUCUCAAUCUUAUCCACAUCAACAUUACCAACCAUUGUAUCAUCAGCAUCCUUACGGUAGUUAUCCAGGUAUGCAGAUGGGUGGCGGAGGAGGUCCAGGUCCAGCGACUAUGCAAAAUGGUUAUGCAGGAUAUCCACCAGAAACUUACCAACAUAUUCCAUACGGCGUAUACCCUCAACAAGGACAGUAUUCAAUCCCACAAGAAUCAUAUCAACAACAACAAUAUCCCAAUCAACCCAAUCAACCUAACGGAAAUACAGAAGAACCAGAAUCACAUCAACCGCCAAUUUUCCCUUCACACGACCCAAGCAUAAACGGCCAUAUACCUCCUUCACAGCAUCAUCAGUCGUUCCACCCUACUUAUCCCCCAAACCACCCGUACUCCUAUGGUGUAGGUGUAGGUUAUCCAGGCUAUCAGCCGCAUCAGCAACAGCCUCAUGUCAACUACGGGGGAUACAGUGGAUACCAGGAUGGAUAUAUACCUCCCAACUCUGUACAGGGCGGUCAGAGAUCAUUCAGUAAAAGUCUUAACCCUUCGGCAGCAGGUUUCAGCUUUACUCCUUCGUCCGCAUCCGGAUCUAGAGCGAACUCUCAACCGUCAUCUACUCCUGUUCCUAAUGGUGAUACCCCUUCUUCCGCGUUCGACCAAUCCUCUCAACUUCCUUCCGCAGUUCCUUCUACUAUCGAUCAAAGCUCGGCAGCCACUACUGUACCGAAUGGGCAUUCGCACGAUCUGGCGCCCAAAGCUGAAUCCCAGGCUGAAGAACCUAGUGUACAGAAUAUCAAGAGCGGGAAAGACGACACUGAGAAUGGUCUGCGUCUAACAACUAAGUCUGAAACACCAGUAUCUUCCUCUGCCCAAUCUAUCAAUCCCAACAUAUCCGCUUCCGCUUCGACUACCAAUGCCACGGAGUCCACCGCCGCUACCACCGUCUCAUCGCCUGUGUCCGCUCAGACGCCUAAGGCUCCCGAAGGUGACUUACCUACAAUCACUUCUCAAUCCGCUGAACCCCAGUCAUCAUGGACUUUCGUCGGAGAGGGAUUAGCCGGAAUCACUUCCCCUAACUCUGGAUCAGCUUCGAGACGAGUAUCAGGUCCUUCUAUGGCCUCCGCAGGCUCAAGUACUUCGGGAAAGAAACGAAAUGCCGCUUUGCCCUCUACAUCAUUUGAUCCGCUUAGAUUGUCAAGUGGGAAGCCAGACCAUAUUUCCGAAAAGUCAAAUGCUUACUCUGCUAGUCUGAGGAAAUUCAUUCCUGAUACGGUCAAAGUGAAGGAAUUUGAAUUGAAAGUUGAUAAGAAGGUCAGCCAGUCAAAGAAGGGUAGAAAGGAAGCCAGUAAGAAGAAAACUACAUUUGCUUUCGGUGACGCAAAAAAAUCUUCAAAUCCCCAAGCAAGCGAAGAAGCCAAGAAGAUUGUCUUUGGAGAGGUUGAUCCUUCGGUUUUGUAUAUUCCAACACCUCCAGUUAAAACUGAUGAACCUAAACCCGAAGCGCAAGUCGAAACAUCCGAGACCAAACCCGCCCCUCCAUCAUCUGAUAUUUCCACUCCUCAACCCAAGAUCAAACAUUCCAGUUGGGCAGCGCUAGUCCGUGGACCAUCUGCGACCUCACCAUCCGUCACUCCUUCCAAAGCUCCUUCUCCCGCCAGAUCAACCACUUCUCUUCCUCAUGCUGAGAGCGAAGCGGGUCCAUCAAGACUCCCAUCUCACGAACCUUCCGCUGAACAUGUCACUUCUCCUGCACCUGUAGAGAAGAAGAAAGUGCCCUUCAACUAUGCAGCCGCUGCUGCUGUCGGUGCUACUAUGACACCUCAGGAGGAAUUAGCCAAAUUAUUGAGCGAAGGUGUCAAAGGUAAAGGUAGGGAAACUGCUCAGGCGACUUUACCUAGAGGUCUGAUCAAUACUGGUAAUAUGUGUUUCGCCAAUACUAUCUUGCAAGUACUCGUAUAUUGUUCGCCCUUCACGGAAUUGUUUGAAGAAUUGGGUAAACGCUUGAAAGCUGAUUUGGCUAGAAAGACACCUCUUCUUGAGGCCAUGAUCAUCUUCUUGAGGGAAUUCAGUGCUCCAUUCCCUCCACCCUCCGCACCCCUCCCUAAUGGCUCAACUGCUAGUGGGACUUCGACACCUAAAGGUAAAGGCAAAGAUCCCAGAAGAGAAGCUUUCAUCCCUGAGAAUGUAUAUGACGCCAUGAAGGAGAACAAGAGGUUUGAUUCUAUGAGGCGAGGGCAUCAAGAAGAUGCUGAAGAAUACCUAGGGUUCUUCUUAAACACCUUACAUGAAGAAUUACUUUACGUCCUAUCGCGUACUCAACCCUCCGUAUCUCGGAACGUGGCAAAAGCAGUUCCCAAUGGUGAUAGCGAUCAUCGAGAGAUCACUCGACCCGUCUCACCGGGUGCAGGUGAUGAAUCCGGUUGGCUGGAAGUAGGUAAGAAGCAGAAAACCCAUGUGGUUCGAGCGACCGAAUCGAAGGAAUCAGCCAUAUCGCGUAUAUUCGGAGGAACCAUUAGAAGUCUACUGCGAACUCCCGGAUCAAAAGAUUCAGUCACACUCGAACCUUAUCAACCACUUCAACUUGAUAUUCAAUCUUCGAACGUACUCAGUAUCGAAGACGCGCUGAAACAUCUCACCGAACCUGAGAUCGUUCCUGGCGUAUGGUCGCAGACGAAAAAAGCUCAAGUGGACGCUACCAAGCAGAUCUUGAUUGAGACUUCCCCACAGGUUUGGAUACUGCAUUUGAAGAGGUUUGUGUAUGAUCCGAAGGAAUAUAAUGUCGUGAAGAAAGAUAAAGGCAUUGCGUAUUCACAGGAAUUGAUAGUUCCUCCUGAAAUCAUAUCGCCAGGUAGGCGAGGUGCCGGAGCGAUCAAGUAUAAAUUAUUUGGAGUCGUCUACCACCACGGUGCAUCAGCUUCAGGAGGCCAUUACACCGUAGCAGUAUCCCGACAAGAUGGUGGUGGAUGGAUCCAUUUCGAUGAUGAAAUAGUCACCAACAUACCCAAAGAGGAUGUGAUCGUCUCGAAGGAAGAGGCUGAAAGUGGAAAGAUUGGUUUGAUAGGUGGGAGAGAAAAGACUGCCUAUUUGUUGUUCUACCAGAGAGUGCGGUAG